AUCGAUGAUAAGGAGUUUGACAUUCCCCAAGUGGACACACCUCCCACACUGGAGAGCAUCCUCAAUGAGCUAGAGGAUGAGGAGGAACCAUUUGUGUUGGAGGACACCUGCGUACUAAGCACAGACAACAUGGAUGCUCACUCCUGUGACACAUCCUCUCUGGCCAGCUCUGACAGUGGAGACCCAGCACACCUCAAACGAAAAAAGAGGACCGUGGAUCUGAAUGCAACAGUUCAUGGGUCUGUUCUUCGGCACAGCCUGCUGAAGGGCAUCUCUGCACAGAUCGUCUCUGCUGCUGACAAAGUGGAUGCUGGACUGCCAACUGCUAUAACAGUGUCAGGUGUAAUUGCUGUGGGAACGUCUCAUGGCCUGGCUCUGGUGUUUGAUACCAACCAGGCCCUGCGACUCUGUCUGGGUACCAAGACAACUGGGGCAGAGUUUGGAGCUGUCUCUGCCCUCAGCAUCAACCAGGAUUGUUCACGACUUCUCUGUGGGUUUGCCAAAGGACAGAUUACAAUGUGGGAUCUAGCCAAUGGGAAACUUCUGAGAACUAUCACUGAUGCCCACCCUCCAGGAACAGCUAUACUGCAUGUGAAGUUCACAGAUGACCCAACUCUCGCGGUGUGCAAUGACAGUGGAGGAUCUGUUUUUGAGCUGGCCUUCAGGCGGGUGAUGGGGAUGCGGUCCUGUGACUCUCGAUGUCUCUUCAGUGGUUCUAAAGGGGAGGUUUGCUGUAUUGAACCACUGCGUGCUCCUCCAGACUUAAGAGACCAUCCCAUCACACACUACUCUCUGCUGGCUAUGGCUUCUCUCACUAAAAUUCUGGUCAUUGGACUGAAGCCUUCCCUGAAAGUCUGGAUGACUUUUCCAUACAGCAAG